ACGUACAACAGUUAAUUUAUAAAAAUCUAUAUAACGUUUCCCAACACCUUUAAAGGAAGGUUCAACAAUAAAAACAGUGAUACUAUAGAUAUAUAUAAUAGAUACUAUAUAUAGAAUAAUGGAUAAAUUUCAGUGUUUUUUCCAAAGAACAAGAAUAGGACAAAUCAGAUGCUCUGGAUGUUUUCUAUGGGCCCAAGAGAAGUACGCUUUUUUCGAAGAAAAAGAAGAUAACUUCGAAGCUAUGAUCGUCGUCGCAUAUAAUUUUUUAUCGGAUAUACCGAUUUCGCAAUAAAUAUACUGUAUCUUGUAAGCAUUUGCCCGCCCGGCCUUCUCAUUCAUACAUACACACACACAAAUGUAAUUUUAUUUAUGAAAAUGUUUAUUUUCAGUUUUAGUUAUAAUUCUUACCUAGAGUGGCGUUGCGAUCACUUUCUGUUAUAAUGAUAACAGAACGUAAUAAAAUUUUCAAUCUAUGACUUAAUGCUUAGUUUAUGGCACAGUUUAUCCAGUUUAUUCGUAUGUAUGUACGGAAGUGGAAAGAGUGAUAUUAAGUUGUGUUGUUUGCUUAUUAGUUACGUGUAUGCACAUAAGUCUCGUACUCUGGUUAUUCGCACAUCUGUCAAUUGAAAAUCAUUUUUCAAUCAAACAUUUAAAUAAACAAGAUAUUAAUUUUUGCAACAUAAUGCGUCAAUUAAAAGGUAAAACAAAAGAAACAAAUAAGCAAAAGAAGGAACGCAAAAAGGAAUUUCUUGAAAACAAGCAACGAAUUUUUACAGUCGUUUUACCUACAAUGGCUGCAAUAUUUGUAAUGAUAGCCGCAUAUGUUUAUAUUAAAACUCGGCCAAAAGUAAUAGAAUAUUAAUUUACAUUACUUUUGUUAUGUAUUAUCGAAAAAAAGAUUUAUGACUUUAAAAUUGCAAGAAAAGUUCCUGGAAUUUGUUUCUAUAUGCAAAACAGUUUAACUGUGAUCAUUAUAAAUCGAAAACCUAAAAUACAAAUGAAGAAUAUGAUCUACUGCCUAUAUUAUCAAAAAGAUUUUAUCAUUAAUAUAUGGUAGAAUUAUACAUUAUAUAUUGUAUAUUGAUACCUUAGUUAAGAAAAAAAUUAUCAAUUUGCUGAAAGUGAUAAAAUAUUAAUUAAUACAAUUAUUGAAUACAAGAGAUUUUUUAUCUAUUAUUUUUAUGUAUUAUGAUACCAUAAUAAGACAGAUAUAUCAAAAUGCUUCUUUAAUAAGUGUUUCAUAUCUUCGUUUCCUGUAUUCUGUAUUUUUAUAAUACACACACACACACACACACAUGUUUAGUACAGAGAAUAGAUUGGCCUAUAACAUGGUGUACAAAUAUUAAAUGUAAUAUACUGAAUUAUUGUACAUGUUUGCACCAUGCUAAUAGCUUGUAUCAGAGUAUAUCUUGUUGAAGCAUACCAUAUCUUUGUGUGGGAAAUUGCAUAAGAUUAAAUAAAUUGUAUCUAAUAAUUAAUCUUAUGAAUUAUCAAAUGCAAUUUAUAGACAAUUAUUUUGUAAAACAUUUAAGAAAUAAACAUGGGUCCAAUGUGGUAAAAAUA